AUGUGCGGGUUUUCUGCUUGUAUUUUGCUUUCAGAGGCAAGCAUCAAUGGCCACAGUAGCUGCACGGAGCGUACAUGUGCUCGUUGCAACGGGGAAAUCAAAUGCGGCCACGAAGCCAACGGUGCAGCGAAGGGACUUACGGCAGACCUCAAAGCUUCCAUCAAUCUCAUCAACCACCGUGGCCCGGAUGACUCGGGGAUAUGGGUCAGUGCGAACGAGCAAGUCGGGCUAGCCCACUGUCGAUUGUCCAUCAACGAUCUAUCCUCCGCGGGGCGACAACCACUCCACAGCAGUGGCAACCAAAUUCAUGCUGUGGUGAAUGGUGAGAUUUACGACUACGAUCGCCUUCGCCGUGAAUGCGAAACUGUUCACAACUAUCCUUUCCAAAGCGACAGUGACAGCGAGCUUGUUUUGGCGCUCUAUCGGAUCCACGGCGCCCCUGACUUUCUCACGCAUCUGCGCGGUGAAUUCGCAUUUGUCCUCUAUGAUAACCGCGAGGGAACCCAGCGCGUGAUCGCCGCACGCGAUCGUUAUGGAAUCAAGCCGCUGGUGUAUACUCGCAUCGGGUCGAAGCUGCUCAUCGCUUCCGAGGCCAAGGCAUUCUUGCCCUUGGGCUGGAAGCCGCACUGGGACGUCCGUGCAAUUGCCGAUGCUGGAUGGAUGUUUGAUGAUCGAACGCUGUUCCGCGGAGUUCGAAAGGUCUUGCCUGGACACUACCUUGAUAUUAACGAACAAGAUGGUCUGCGGCAAGUUAAGUACUGGGAUGCUGAAUACGAAGACAAGAGCAAGCCCGAAACUCGCACCAUCGACGAAAUGAUAGCUGGCGUUCGCGAAAGGCUGGUCGAGGCUGUCCGUCUUCGCUUGCGUGCUGAUGUCCCCGUCGGCAUCUACUUAUCUGGAGGGAUCGACUCUUCUGCCAUUGCCGGUAUAGUUACGGAACUUGCACGCAACGAAAAGGUCAAGAUAGGAAACGAAGAGGCUACUCGUGUCACCUGCUUCAGUGUGGCGUUUCCUGAGACAUCCGGGUUUGAUGAAUCACACAUUGCCGAGCGCACAGCUGCCUGGCUCGGAGUGAAGACUAUCAAGAAGACCGUCACUGAGGACACUCUGGCGGAAGACUUUGAAGAUGCUGUAUUCCACUGCGAGCAUCAUCACUUCGAUCUCAACUUUGUGGCCAAGUUUGCACUCUCAACUCUUCCCCAAGAACACGGCGUCAAGGUCGUCCUGACCGGCGAAGGUGCUGACGAGCAUUUCGCUGGCUAUCCAUACUUUCCCGGCGAAUUCCUACGCGAAGCUGAUGAAGCCAUGCCCAACUCCCAACUGUCUCAAAACAACGACCUUCGAAACGACAUGUUCAAGUCGGUGCAGAGGGAAAUGAAGGGAAUCUGGCAAAAAGCCGGUGCAACCGCGUACAACGAUAGACCAGCCUUUGCAUCCAUUGCCGGAGUGGGCGCAACGGAUAUGAGCGACAAUCUGUUGGCGUGGCAUCCUACGGCCCCUAUCUUUGCUACAUGGCUCCAAAACCUACAAAGCAUCCAUGACUGCCGCAAAACGGUCCUGAACUCGCACCCGAGCGACGUCCAGGCUAAGAUGCGGUCGCGAUGGCACCCCCUGCACACAGCUAUGUACAUGUGGAACAAGAACUCGCUGGCCAACGUUCUCCUAUCCUGUCUCGGCGACCGCACGGAGAUGGCACAUAGCGUGGAGGCGCGCACGCCCUUCCUCGACCACCACCUCGCCGAGUACGUCAACCGUCUGCCGCCCAGCGUCAAGCUGCGGUACUCGGCCGACACGGCGAGCGAUACCGGGGAGCUGGGCCCCAUCUGGACCAAGUCUAGCGUGGCCCUGCAGUCCCUCGACGAGAAAUGGAUUCUGCGCCAGGCCGUGCGUCCAUAUAUCACCGACGAGCUUUACAAGCGGAAGAAGCACCCUUUUCUUGCGCCAACUCGAUGGGCCGAGGGCGGACCAUUACAUCGCAAGUUCAAGACGUUACUGACGCAAGAAGCUGUGGAAAAACUGGGCUUUGUUAACUGGGAAACAAUUGAGGAGGCUAUGGAGAUUGCUUGGGGCGAGACGGCAGACCCAAUGGCCUUCCGACGUUUAGUAUAUUGUGGUGCUUGGGUGACGCUUAGCCAACGUAUGGGUGUGGCGAAGGCGGACGAAUCUGAUUGGGAGGCCACUUUACAGUAG